AUGGAAUACUGUUACACAAAUGUUGUCAACAUUGAUAUAUCUUCCGAGGUCAUUGAUGCUAUGCAGAAGAAAUACCGAAAUUUUCCUCAAUUGAAGUAUUUGAAAAUGGAUGUAAGAGACACGAGUGCUUUUGAAUCAGAGACUUUUGGUUCUAUUAUCGACAAAGGGACUCUUGAUUCUCUCUUGUGUGGAAACAAUUCAAGAAAAAACGCUAUUAAGAUGCUCGAAGAAAUUUGGAGGGUUCUCAAGGAUAAAGGAGUCUAUGUUCUGGUGACGUAUGGAGCUCCACUAUAUCGUCUACGUUUGCUACGCAAAUCAUGCUCUUGGACAAUUAAACUCCCUGUGAUAAGUUUGUUUAAAUUGCUAACUGGUCUUUUAUUGUUAGUUGAUCCUAGAAAUUGUAAUGUCAAAUCUAAAGUUUAA